GGCCUCAGUAUCUUCACCUGCGGCGUCCAGUUGGGGUGGGAGAAGGAUGGCUUCCCAGCCCCCACCUCACCCCGACAGCACGUGAUGCCCAAGUUCUCCUUCUGUGCGCGGCCACAGCUCUCACUCACCCACCGGCUUCCUGUCGGGGCUUCCUCAGCCCCACCCCACAUUUGGACAUUUGGGGCAUUUCCUUCCCUGACAGCGGGACCUGGGACUGGGCUGGGGCCGUGGCGGAUGGAGACAUGCUGCCCCUGCUGCUGCUGCCCCUGCUGUGGGGGGGGUCCCUGCAGGAGGAGCCAGGGUAUGAGCUGCAAGUGCAGAAGUCGGUGACAGUGCAGGAGGGCCUGUGCAUCCUUGUGCCCUGCUCCUUCUCUUACCCCUGGAGCUCCUGGUAUCCCUCUCCCCCACUCUACAUCUACUGGUUCCGGGACCGGGAGAACCCACGCUAUGCUGAUGCUGUGGCCACAAACCACCCGGACAAAAGAGUGAAGCCAGAGACCCAGGACCGAUUCCGCCUCCUUGGGGACGUCCAGAAGAACUGCUCCCUGAGCAUCGGAGAUGCCAGAAUGGGGGACACGGGAAGCUAUUUCUUCCGCGUGGAGAGAGGAAGGGAUGUAAGAUAUAGCUACCAACAGAAUAAGCUGAGCUUGGAGGUGACAGCCCUGACAGAGAAACCUGACAUCCACUUUCUGGAGCCUCUGGAGUCAGGCCGCCCCACAAGGCUGAGCUGCAGCCUUCCAGGAUCCUGUGAAGCGGGACGACCUCUCGCAUUCUCCUGGAAAGGGGAUGCCCUCAGCCACCUGGACCCCGAGACAACCCGCUCCUCGGAGCUCACCCUCACUCCGAGGCCCGAGGACCACGGCACCAACCUCACCUGUCAGGUGGAACGCCAAGGAGCUCAGGUGACCACGGAGAGAACUGUCCAGCUCAAUGUCUCCUAUGCUCCACAGACCAUCACCAUCUUCAGGAACGGCAUAGCCCUAGAGAUCCUGCAAAACACCUCGUACCUUCAGGUCCUGGAGGGCCAGGCUCUGCAACUGCUCUGUGAUGCUCCCAGCAACCCCCCUGCACACCUAAGCUGGUUCCAGGGCUCCCCUGCCUUGAACAGCACCCCCAUCUCCAAUACCGGGAUCUUGGAGCUUCGUCGAGUAGGGUCUGCAGAAGAAGGAGGCUUCGCCUGCCGCGCUCAGCACCCGCUGGGCUUCCGGCAAAUUUUUCUGAAUCUCUCAGUUUACUCCCUCCCACAGCUACUGGGCCCCUCCUGCUCUUCGGAGGCUGAAGGUCUGCACUGCAGCUGCUCCUUUCGAGCCCGGCCGGCCCCCUCCCUGUGCUGGUGGCUUGGGGAGAAGCCACUGGAGGGGAACAGCAGCCAGGGCUCAUUCAAGGUCAACUCCAGCUCAGCUGGGCCCUGGGCCAACAGCUCCCUGAUCCUCCACGGGGGGCUCAGCCCCGGCCUCAAAGUCAGCUGCAAGGCCUGGAACGUCUAUGGGUCCCAGAGUGGCUCUGUCCUGCUGCUGCAAGGGAGAUCGAACCUCGGGACAGGAGUGGUUCCUGCAGCCCUUGGUGGUGCUGGUGUCAUGGCCCUGCUCUGUAUCUGUCUGUGCCUCAUCUUCUUUUUAAUAGUGAAAGCCCGCAGGAAGCAAGCAGCUGGGAGACCAGAGAAAAUGGAUGAUGAAGAUCCCAUUAUGGGUACCGUCAGCUUGAAAUAUAGAUACCAUCUGAAAAAUUAGUGAUAUUUCUAUUUUUAAAUGUCAUGGCUUGCUGAAUCAAAGCAGCUGGGUCUGAUGCAAGUGUAAUGCUAUUUUCUUCAAGAAUCAACUCAUCCUUUUGGGCUUCAGGUACUGAGCAAGAAAUGCCUGUCCUCAUGUAUACUCUGCAGAUGUAUUUUUCUUCUAAGAGAUGUCAGAUUUCAGCAAACGACCCACUGUCCUGAAUAAUCACUUCAAUGAGGAAGUGAGGACACACAAACCUAACCUCAUCUGGCAACGGAAGUCUAUGCAACACCUCGGACUGUGGGCAGUUUGUGACUAUGGAUGGUUUGAAGAAUAGCCAGUUACCUUUCAUUUCCCCACCAUUUGGCAACACAGAACUUCUCCUUUUUCUUUCCUACAUUGAUGGGGUUGAAUUUCUUGGCUGGGUUCCUCAAGGGGCUUCACUAUAACUGUGCAUCUCUUCAUAGUGACACUCACCUCCUCUGGGAUGUCAGCUCUCUGGAUUUAGGGAAUUGUCUUAAUUCUCUCGGUAAAUGCAGCAAGUAAAACUCUAUUACAUU